GUACAACACACUGGCCUUUGCAUUGCCCGUCUGCUGCUGCGCCGUCAUUGCCAUAGCAACGAAGAUGAAAGCCCAUACUCCCACAUUUCUUAAUAGGGACCAGAGUGACGAGUGGAAGGGCUGGAUGCAGUUGAUGUUCCUGAUCUACCACUACACCUGGGCAAGUGCGGUACUGCCCAUCUACGUGAUAAUUCGCAUCUUCGUGGGCUCGUACGUUUGGCUGAGUGGGUACGGCCACUUUUUCUUCUUUUAUAAGAAGAGCAAUUUCGGGUUGAACAGAAUGGCCCAGGUGAGUGUUAG